AUGAAGAACUCAAAAGGAAUAAGGAAACCACACGUAAGUAGCUCAUCAACUUCAGAUAGAAGACUUGCCAGUGCGUCUAAAGCAGCAAGCUACUUGCAUUCUUCAAUUGGCAACUCAAAAGUUACCACUGUAAACAAACCAACUACUUCAACAGCAGCAGAUUGGAACCCAAAACAUUUCAGGUUGUUUGUAGGAAACUUGGGAGAAGAUGCAAAUGAUGCAUUGUUGGACAAUGCGUUCAAAAAGUAUGAAUCUAUGAGUAAAGUUCAUGUUCCUGUUGACAGAAAAACAGGCAAGAACAAAGGAUACGGAUUUGUUGCGUUUGCAGAUGCCAACGACUACUUGAAAGCUUUUAAAGAGAUGAAUGGGAAGUACAUUGGACAACAUCCAGUACAUUUGAAACGGGCUGAAUCAUCAGUAGGCAAGAAGAAACAUAAGAAGUAG